UUUCCAGUAAAAAAUAUUCAGCAAGCCUAACAGAAUACAGUACACUUCACUGAGGGACGCUCAGUGAUUAUUAGGGGAAAUGGAGAUCGUGAUACUUGUUUCAUUAUUGUCUCUGUAUUGUGACAUCACCGAUGCUGAGUGCCUGGUGGUUAGUCCUGUCAGGCUGGUGGUGAAGUAUGGAGACCCAGCUUCAGCCAAAUGCACCUCCGAUCCGCCUCAGCAAAUGGGCUGGGAGGCGACCCAGGGAGGGGUGGGUCUAACAGACAAUGAGGAGAAGUUCCUAAACUGGAGCUUCCAAAGAGUGACUGACUGGAAUAUCAAACCUACGUGCUUCACAGAGAGUGGCAAGUGUCAUAAACAGCUGGACAUCACAGUUUAUAAGCUUCCAGACUUUGUGUCCAUCAGCUAUAGGAGUCACCCUGAUCCGAUGGUUGAGCAGCAUCAGUACCAGUUACAGUGUCUCUUCCAGAACAUCGCUCCUAUUGAGAGACUCAGGGUGACCUUCUACAAAGUCAAUACCGGUGGUGAACAGACAGAAUUAGGCACACAACAGAACUCCAAGUACAACAUCAAGACACCAGUGAAUGGGACCUAUACCCUGGACUUCACCCCUAGUAGAGAUGAUGAUGGGACCCAGUUGUGGUGUUCAGCCAUGUUGGAUCUGGGACCAGAGGGACCCCAACCUCCUCCUGUAAUGGAAUCAGACCGCCUCAACAUCACUGUGCACUACAAACCUCAGAUCACUAUGAGUCCUGGAUGUUUCUCCGUGAGCAUCACAGAGGGCGACACCCUAUCAAUUAACUGUAGUGCAAAGGGUAACCCCGCCCCCUCAUAUGAAUGGUUGCUCCCCCAAGCCGCCCCCGCCCCCAACACCAUGGAAGACAGAUCCGUAGUGACCAUCACCAACAUGGUGAAGUCUCACUCUGGAGAGUACACCUGCAUCGCUAUCAACCCCCUGGGAAACAGCACCUGUACUGUUAACGUGGAGGUCACAGUGGACUACCUGCCCAUCAUUGCAGGGCUGGCGGCGGCUGCCAUAGUGAUCCUCUUGGUGAUCUCCUGUUUCAUCUACUCCUCUUACUAUAAACACACCCGCAUGGGCCACUACCAACUGAAAGACAUGUUGCCACGACGACACAAGAACAAACACGUGGCGCACCACAACGGAAUGGAUCAGUCCAGCAUGUAGAGGAGGCGGGACUUAGAGAGAAAAAACACACCAGAGUUGGUUGGGGACAGAGCAUGUGAGCAGAGUUGAGCGUUUGGAAAUCCCGAUGAGAGGUGCAGCGCUCCAUGUCCUUUCCUAUGGCUCCCUCACAGGAAUAAAGAAACACUACUCCAAACUCACUCCAUUCAUUACAAUCACAAUUUAACAAACACCCAUCUAUUUUUGUGACUACCUGGACCUACCAGUUUUUUUUAAGUAUUGAAACCGAACCUUAUGGAUUUUAAUGAAAAGUAUUUGAAUAAACAUGAAACGGUGAAUGU